AUGCAAGCUGCUCCUUCACAAACUGAAUUGUUGUAUAAGAAUUAUAAAGUGAACAAAGAGAAGCUGAAAUCUCAAUGUCGUGGUGGUGGUCAGAUAAUGGGGGGAGGAUCUUCCCUGAAAAUGCAAUACCCUCCAUCAGGGCCAAGUGGGUGGGGCCAGCUUGGUAAUCGUGUGACUUUUGGGCCAGUUGCAAAUGAGUCUGCUGAAACAUCAGCAUUCUCCCCAUUGAUUGGAAGAAAAGUGAGAACCAGAUGGCCUGAUGACAACAAUUUUUAUGAAGCAAUUAUAACAGAUGACAACCCCGUUGAGAUAUCACUAGAGGAUAUACAAUGGUGGAUCAGGUAUUCAGUUCAUGGAAUGAGUAGACCCGUUGGAUGUGAUAAUGGUCCUGGUGGAGGUGGAGGUGCAGUGAGAGGUAGAGGGUUGCCCAAAAGUCAAGCAGUAGCAGCAUCAAGAAAAGAUUUUCCACGAUCACAGAAUGGCAUUGGAAAGAAGGGUCGAGAAAAUAUUCAGUCACUUCACACUCAUACUCUUAUAGGUGAUUUGGUAAAGAUGGCAAUGGUUAACACUAAUGGUCCAAACCAUUUACCUUCUUUUAGGCAAUUGAUUGGCAAUCUUACUCAAGAUAUACCACUUCUUUCUGUAAACAUCACCUUCAACUAA